AUUCAGAUCAACGGGGCAGCCAUCUUGGUUAUAAUUGUAAACAGUCAUUGUGGUAUCAUCCAUUGAUUUCUCCUUCCUUCGGGAUGGAAGAAACAAAAAUUAUAUACUACAUUGACGAUGAAGAUACUCCAUAUCUCAUUAAGCUUCCAAUACCAGCCGAUAGAGUAACGUUAGGUGAUUUCAAGAAUGCUUUGAAUCGACCGAAUUAUAAAUUCUUUUUCAAAAGUGUGGAUGAUGAUUUUGGGGUUGUAAAGGAAGAAAUAAUUGAUGAUGAAGCUAGGUUACCGUGUUUCAAUGGACGUGUUGUGUCUUGGUUGGUGCCCGCGGAGAACAGCACAUCUGAUACUCAAUCACAGUGUACGGAUUCUGGUACGGGUGAUGUUCACGUUCCACCAGAGAGAGUUGGAGGCAUAGGAGACAGCAGACCUCCAUCAUUUCAUGCAAAUGCAUCUGUGGCUAGUCGAGAUCAGACCUGUGAUACCUGCACGGAAACCGAUUCGGUCCUAAGUUCUCGCCGUGAUGGACGAUCUAGACAAAGCUAUAGCCACUAUAGAAACCAUCACCGCCUUAACAAUGAGUCUAACGCACCUCGUCUCAAUGGCCACCCUAAACAUGACCGACACCGUCACAUAUAUGGAGACACCUCCACCAUGGCUAGUAGUGACCUUGACACAACCAGUUUCUUUGAUUCGGAGGACGAUAGUCGAUUCUCCACAAUAACCGACACAACCAACCGGUCCUCCUCUCGAUACGGGCGACAUCGACGAAGGAGGCGGAAACACAAACUACCACCAAUCAGCCGCGCAUCAUCUUUCAGCAGUAUCACAGACUCCACCAUGUCUCUUAACAUUAUCACGGUGACUCUAAACAUGGAUACAGUGAAUUUCCUAGGAAUCAGUAUCGUAGGCCAAAGCAACAAAGGAGGAGAUGGGGGGAUUUACGUUGGAUCUAUAAUGAAAGGAGGUGCUGUGGCCCAGGAUGGCCGAGUUGAGCCAGGGGACAUGAUUCUGGAAGUGAACGGUGUCAGUUUCGAGAACAUGAGUAAUGAUGAUGCUGUACGGACACUGAGAGAAGCUGUAACCAAGCCUGGCCCUAUAACUCUAGUCGUAGCCAAAUGUUGGGACCCUAAUCCCACUAAAGGGUAUUUCACAGUUCCGAGGCAGGAACCUGUACGACCUAUUGACCCUUCAGCCUGGGUGGCCCAUACUACGGCCAUGCAGAGAGAGUACAUGAAUCGUAUUGGUGGUCCUGCCCCCUCCAUCAGCAAUAUGACAUCUACAAGUUCUUCAUUGACCAGCUCAAUACCUGAGUCUGAAAGGUUUGAUGACCUGAAUCUCUCGAUUAAUACUGAUAUGGCUACAGUGGUGAAAGCCAUGGCCCAGCCUGACUCGGGUCUGGAAAUUCGUGAUAGAAUGUGGUUAAAAAUUACAAUACCCAAUGCUUUUAUAGGUUCAGACCUUGUAGACUGGUUGUUUACACAUGUAGAUGGAUUUGCUGAUAGGAGGGAUGCCAGAAAAUAUGCCUGCAAUUUAUUGAAAGCUGGAUUCAUUCGACACACAGUCAAUAAAAUCACCUUCUCUGAACAGUGCUAUUACAUAUUUGGAGAUAUUUACGGAAAUGGGCCCAUGUAUCCAGAUCUGUCAGCAUUAAGUCUGGAGGAUGUGGAUUCGGUGUCCGAGGCCGACCGUGACACACUAGCCCCCCUCCCACCCCCUCACUGGAACAACCAAUACCCAUACAGCAGUAACCCUAGCUACCUGCCACAAAACCUCAGUUACAUCCCUCCAUAUAGCUACACAAGCACGGACUCUCAGAGUUAUAUGGGUAGCUUUGUGGAUGGGGAUAAGAGUGUGGUCAGUGGAAUGACGGGGCUCACUGCGGGAGCUGGGGGUGCAGGAGGGGGCAAUAACAGUGCUGGAAGUGUCCACAGCGCCUCAGUCGCCCCCAAAGACUGCACAUGUAUUCUCAGUACUUACAAUCAUAUCCGAAAAUUAUGGACAGACAAAGAUAAAGAACUAUACAAUCAUCAUCAUCAGCAUGUACAUAGUACAGGAACCCACACAGGGGGAAACCCACCCCCUACAGAUCACCGGCCCGAUAACUCCAGGACACAGGGGACAUUGACAGGGGCAAUUAACUCCGUAUCCGACCCUAGGAUCCAAGCGGCUUAUUCCAAAACCUCUCUAGCUAGCUCCACUGGAAGUAGUGCUUCUGGGAGCAGUCGGAAGGAGAAAGACAGGAAGUCUGGUAGUCCAGGAGGAAGUGGCAGUGACUCCGAUAAUACGAGCUUGGCGAGUGCGAGGCGAGUUAAUCUUGUACCAUCACCGAGAGAUCUAUCUAAUGUGCCACAAGAUCUCAGCAGUAGUAGACAGUCUUUCAAAAUGGCAAUGGGAAAUCCUUGUGAGUUCUUUGUGGAUGUCAUGUGAUCAGUCAUGUGGCCCCUUUACAGCCAAUCAGAUUUCAUACAAAAGUUUGCAUGAUCCUUUUUUCCUCUCUAAAACUUCGUUUUGGUUUUUUGGCUGCAAUAUCAAAAAGGUACAUUAUCGAUACAGCUGGUUUGUACAAGGACAGCCAGACUCUGUUUACUUGUAUGUGAGCAUUAUGAUACAAAUCUGUUUUGUAUAUUAGAAUAAUUUUAUAGUUGCAUGAUAAUUCAUUUUAUUUGUGAAACAUAUAAUUGAUGUUUUAUAGCAUGCCUGCAGAAGUAUUAUUUAUUUAGAGAAACUGUGUGAGAGAUUUUUGAAACGUAAGAGAGAGGGAGACAGAUGUGAGAGACUAUAUCAAUGUGAAUGUUAUUUGUAUAAUUUCAUGCUUGUUUUAUAAAUAAGUGUCUCAGAGUGCAAUUUAUCAUGUAUUUCAUUUGUUGUAAACUUGGGUUUGUUUAUCAUGUGAAUGUCUGUUGUAACCAAUACCAGGUUAUCAUAUACAUAUGUAUUUCUCAGAAUAAUGGUGCUUUCCUUUUUCGCUUACAUAAAGAAACAAAUGUAAACUAACAACACUCAGAACUCUGUAUGAUUAUACAUAGCUGAUGCUGCUGACUUUUCUCUCUCCUGUAGGCGACUCUGUCAUGGAUUCAUGACCUUUGGCCCUCCUAGAUCCUUCUAGUGUCCAUGGCAACGACUUCCAUAUAUGGAGUGGCUGACGUGGUGCAUGCCCCGCUGCUCGGAGUCUCAUGCUUGGUGCUGAUUGGUUGGCUGAUUUAGUCGUAGAGGAAUACUGCAACAUAAUGUGUCCCCAUGUUUUACUCCUCCUCCCCCCUACAUGAAGUGUAUUGAAGUUGUCCAUGUUGUGGCUUUCUAUCAGUUGGCAUGGCUCAGACCUCAUGUUCAGCCUUAAUCCUCCUACUAUGUAUAGAUUUCUGUUAACAGUUUAUCUGGACUCUUAUUUUGUCCUCCUUUAAAACAACCAUAUUCUCUGCAUGAGUCUUCUCACCACAUUUGGAUCUCUCUCUGUCACUGGAGUCCAGAUUGAGUUAUGCAUGAGAGUUCUUUGAUAUCACUGCUGUAAAAUUAUACAUUCUGUCUAUCAGUUUUUCCCAAUUUUCAUUCAGUUUUCUUGGUUUUCACUUCAUUUUUGGUGCUGAUCAGUGUGAUUUUAAUUUCAUGUUAAACUGUUGCUGUGGUCACAGCUGCCAAAACCAUUUUAAGUACCAUAUGCAACAUUGCCACCCCUCCCCCUAUCAGAGUUUCAAGCUGGAAUUUGUAUUAUCAGUAGUGACUGGUUAAUGAUCCUGUCUUGUAGACAUGAUGGUAGAAUGGUGUCAUUUCAGUAUUUUUUAAGGUUUUUUUUUUUGUGCUGGAAAAUGCAAGAUCAUACAUGUUCCUAUAUCCAUUUAUGUUACUUGUGAAAUUGGGGUUGGAGCAAGCUUGUGCUCUCGAGGUUAAAAAACCAAAAACUAACUUUAAAUUUGUUCUGGUAAAUUGUAAUGUUUUGUAUUUGAAAAAUUUAGAAUCACUAAAUUCUCUGACAUUUCAUCUGUAAAAAUUUAGAAUCACUAAAUUCUCUGACAUUUUAUCUGUAUGCUUUUGAGUGUACUAUUGUAAUAAUGACAUAUUUUAGAUUGCAGUUCAUUUCUGUUUGACUAUAUAUAGCAAUUAGGUGAAAUUUGUGAUUUUUCUAAAGAAUUUUUUUUAUUCCUUGGGGCAAAUGAUAGCCCUUGUAGCAUAUGCUCCUUAAUUGUACACAAGUUGUUGUGAAUUGCCCACCAAACAUAUCCGAUCUUUAUUAUGCAAGGCAUUGUAAACCACUGUUUGUUGUACCCUACACCUGACAGCAGGUUGGGAUUCCAUCCUGCUACCGAUAUCAGUUUCUGGAGAGUUUUAUCUCCAGCAUUGCAGGCUUUUAUCUCUUAUCACCUCAUCAGUUCAGUUACAGAGUAAAAUACAUGUGCAUGCUGAAUUUCAUCCAUUAAGCAAAAUUAUGCUUUUGAAAGGUUGUAAAGUCGUGCCUUCUUUGAUGUAUAUACAUUUCUUGAUUGCUUCAGGUACAACAGAUAUGUUACAGAUUUCUUUGAAAGUCGUGUUCUUCAGAAGUAAACUGCCAUAGAGAAAAUAUUCAAAAGUAUAUUAAAAUAGGAUUGUCAAAUUUUCUGCAAAAUGUAACAAUUCACGACAUGAAAAAUCAGGUCGCCUAGCUGUAGUGGUUUGCUAGUGGGUUUCCUGUUUUGCUGAUUGUAGAUACAUCGAACAGACCUUUGAAACAGUCUUGCAAGUUUUUCAUCAAACCAUGUCAUAGAAUUGUCACUUAACCUAUUGUCACAUAGUAUUAUAUGCUGAAUUGUAGAAUGUACAUCGGGGUCACAUGACCUAUAUUAAAAACAUUUCACUGGC